CCCGAGGUGCUAAGCCAGGCCAGAGCCGGACUACGGGAGCCGAGGCGGGCCGUGCGGUGGGCGCGGAGCAGCGCGGCAGGCCGGGCGGGCGGCAGCGGAGGAGGCCGCGGUAGCGGGUCCGAGGAGCGGAAGCGGCGCAGGCGGCGGCGGGGGGCCGGGUGGCCUGGGUCCCGGGCCCCGCGGCGGCUGCGGCGGCGGCGGCGACGGCAGGAUGAUCAAGCUGUUCUCGCUGAAGCAGCAGAAGAAGGAGGAGGAGUCGGCCGGCGGCACCAAGGGCAGCAGCAAGAAGGCGUCGGCGGCGCAGCUCCGGAUUCAGAAGGACAUUAACGAGCUGAACCUGCCCAAGACGUGUGACAUCAGCUUCUCAGACCCAGACGACCUCCUCAACUUCAAGCUGGUUAUCUGUCCUGAUGAAGGCUUCUACAAAAGUGGCAAGUUUGUAUUCAGCUUUAAGGUGGGACAGGGUUACCCACAUGACCCUCCCAAGGUGAAGUGUGAAACAAUGGUUUAUCAUCCCAACAUUGACCUCGAGGGCAACGUCUGCCUCAACAUCCUCAGAGAGGACUGGAAGCCAGUCCUUACGAUAAACUCCAUAAUUUAUGGCCUGCAGUAUCUCUUCUUGGAGCCCAACCCCGAGGACCCACUGAACAAGGAGGCUGCCGAGGUCCUGCAGAACAACCGGCGGCUGUUUGAACAAAACGUGCAGCGCUCCAUGAGAGGUGGUUACAUCGGGUCCACCUACUUCGAGCGCUGCCUGAAAUAGGGUUAGCGAUUACCCAUCCCUGCCAGGGUUACCCGCCCUGCAUCCCCUGCAAAUAUUUAUUGGGGGCCCAGGUAGGGUGUGUGGGGUAGCCUCGGCCCCAGCCGUGGCCUUGCCUCUCCUCCCUGUCACCUGCCCCUGGUUAUUUUUUUUUUUUGACCACCACGUGAUUCGGUCGGUGCUGCCUUCCCUCCGACCUGCUCAGCAAUGGGAAAUGAAUUGGCUUGUUUAGCGCCCCGCCUCCCGCCGGGUGCUGUCCAACCCCCACUCUUGACUGUGGAGUAAGUGGGCAAUGGGCCUGGGUCGCUAGGCCCAAGCAACCCACCCCACCACCACUGGAGGUCCCACCAGGCUAUUAAAGGGGAAUGUUACUGCA